AUGGAAAGUAGUAAAAAUCCGUUAAUGUCCUCCUGAUGCGACUGGUGAUAACGAGUUUGAGACAUAAACAUCGACACCGCAAAGCAACAGUUCAGGUUGGGAUCCAUCUCUAAGCGAGCUGCCACACGAGAUCCUGGUGAUGUUGCAAGGCUAAGUGGCCCUGUAGAAGUGUCUCAGUAACGUUCUCGGUAUUCUUUGACCAAGCCAGUCAUGCAGCACAUUUUGGGUGUGGUUGUUCUGACCUUAUUUGCGUCUGCAACGGAAGGUUUCGUGAACCCAAUCUGUAUCAAGUCUUGUAAAGGUUAUCCUAAUGGUCAGUAUCUGGACUGUGAUAGGUGUGACCGCUUUGUCAUGUGCUCAGGCGGGGUCCUCAGUGUGAUGCCUUGUCCAGCGACCACGUAUUAUAACGGCGAUUUGGGUGUGUGUGUGACAGCCCCAGACAGGUAUUGCAGUUUCUACGGGACUCGGUCGUCUUCACUACAGCCUGGUCAAAGAUAUCAAGGUGUUACAGGUUAUCAAGCACCAAGUGGCCAGUAUCAACCAUCGAAUGGUCAGUAUCAGCCAACAGCAACACAGCGAAAUCCAUCUAAUGGGCAAUAUCAGUCUUCAAGUGGUGUAACUCAGCCAUCGAAUGAAUAUUAUCAGCCUAGUAAGGGACAGACUCAGCCAAGUAGUCAAAUUCAGCCAUCAAGUAGUCAAAAUCAGGCAUCAAGUGGACAAUAUCAGCCCUCAAGUGGGCAAUAUCAGCCUUCAAGUGGACAAUACCAGCCAUCAAUUGGAUAUUUUAAUCCUAAAACUGGUCAAACUCAACCAUCAAGUGGUCAAACUCAACCAUCAAGUGGUCAAUAUCAGCCAUCAAGUGGUCAAUAUCAGCCAUCAAGUGGUCAAUAUCAGCCAUCCAGUGGUCAAUAUCAGCCAUCAAGUGGACAAUAUCAGCCAUCAAUUGGAUAUUUUAACCCUGCAACUGGUCAAACUCAACCAUCAAGUGGUCAAUAUCAGCCAUCAAGUGGUCAAUAUCAGCCAUCAAGUGGACAAUACCAGCCAUCAAGUGGUCAAUAUCAGCCAUCAAGUGGUCAAUAUCAGCCAUCAAGUGGACAAUAUCAGCCAUCAAUUGGAUAUUUUAACCCUGCAACUGGUCAAACUCAACCAUCAAGUGGUCAAUAUCAGCCAUCAAGUGGUCAAUAUCAGCCAUCAAGUGGUCAAUAUCAGGCAUCAAGUGGUCAAUAUCAGCCAUCAAGUGGUCAAUAUCAGCCAUCAAGUGGUCAAAAUCCGUCAUCAAGUGGUCAAUAUCAGCCAUCGAGUGGUCAAUACCAAUCAUCUAUUGGAUAUUUUAAUCCUACGACUGGUCAGACUCAGCCAAGUACCCAGAUUCAGCCAUCAAGUGGACAAUAUCAGCCAUCAACUGGUCAAUACCAGCCUUCAAGUGGACAAUACCAGCCAUCAAUUGGAUAUUUUAACCCUACAACUGGUCAAACUCAGCCUAGUAGUCAGAUUCAGCCAUCAAGUGGACAAUAUCAGCCAUCAAGUGGGCAAUAUCCGACUUCAAGCGGGCAAUACCAGCCAUCAAGUGGACAAAUCCAGCCUUCAAGUGGGCAAUAUCAGCCUUCAAGUGGGCAAUACCAGGCAUCAACUGGACAAUAUCCUACUUCAAUUAGCUAUUUUAAUCCAUCUAGUGGACAGACUCAGUCAACUACUCAGUCUUCUGUUGGUCAAUAUCAGCCGUCCAAUGGACAAACUCAGCCUUCCUCUGGACAAUAUAAUUCUCCUUCGCCUGGGUAUGUUCCCUACCCAUAUAUUUAUAAAAGUCCAGCCCCACCAAAGAAACCAGCCAUCUACUCUACAAGCUCACCAGCAUAUCCUUCUUACCAACAGUCUCAAAGUCAAACAUUACCUGCUAGUUCACCUGUGCAAAGCUCAACCUAUCCUGCCAGUUCGCCCAGUCAACCACCUAACUAUUCUGCCAGUUCGCCCAGUCAACCACCUACCUAUCCUGCCAGUUCACCCAAUCAACCACCUACCUAUCCUGCCAGUUCGCCCAGUCAACCACCUACCUAUCCUGCCAGUUCACCCAGUCAACCACCUACAUAUCCUGCCAGUUCGCCCAGUCAACCACCUACCUAUCCUGCCAGUUUGCCCAGUCAACCACCUACCUAUCCUGCCAGUUCGCCCAGUCAACCACCUACCUAUCCUGCCAGUUCGCCCAUUCAACCACCUACCUAUCCUGCCAGUUCGCCCAGUCAACCAACUACCUAUCCUGCCAGUUCGCCCAGUCAACCACCUACCUAUCCUGCCAGUUCACCCAGUCAACCACCUACCUAUCCUGCCAGUUCGCCCAGUCAACCACCUAUCUAUCCUGCCAGUUCGCCCAGUCAACCACCUACCUAUCCUGCCAGUUCGCCCAGUCAACCACCUACCUAUCCUGCCAGUUUGCCCAGUCAACCACCUACCUAUUCUGCGAGUUCGCCCAGUCAGCCCCCAACAUAUAUUGCUAGUUCACCAUCUCCUAGCCCAUCUCAAAGCCCACCCUCUCCAUCCAAUACCAACGAGAACCCGAAUUAUUUAAACCCUUACAACUACAACCUUCCCAGCUCAGGUCCAACAGGCUCACAGACCAUCUCAGGAAACAUAGAAACUGGAACUGUGGAUAUGUCUCAGUUCGGCUCCCCGUACAGCUUGUUCCAACCAACCGCGGCUCAAAUCUCCAGGACUUGUGAUGGAUGCAAAGACAGUUGUACGGCUGCUGAUGUCAACCAGGUCAUUCUGCGCUGUAGCGACUGCUGUUACAUUGACUGUAACAUUGGCUCCAAAAUUUGCUUCUCUGAGUAGAGCCAAACACCUUAGCUAGUUUCAAUGUCCUUUGAAAGAACACAAUAGUCUAUUUUUUUGUUCUUUCCAUUUUUUUUAUUCUUUGUUAUUUUAUCUUAUUUUAUCUUCAAUUAUUUAACAGAAAUAAACUCCAUAAUUACAGUUUUA